AUGGAGUGGGUUUCAGAGGGUGUUGGUGAUUUGGAGGAAUCCGACCGUCAGGAUAGUGCUCGUGUUGUGGAGCAGCCGAAUGAAGUGAGUGUGGCGGUUUCUGAAAAGCCCACUGAAGUGGCGACACCUGAGGUCUCAGUGAAGGAGGCUGUGGUUGAAAAGACCCCAGUGGAAUCGGAGACAGUCCCGGUCUCAAUUGUUAGCAAAGGAGUGGUAGAGGUGACGGACAUGAAGAGCACAGUUGGAGUGACAGAGGAAUCUGGUAGUGUGGCGGAGCAGGAGACGUUGGUUGUUGAGCAGGUGGCGGAAUCCAAGGAGACAGUGACUGUUAAGAUGGAGGAGCGAGUUGUACAGGAGGUGGAGAAGGAGUCCGUCCCAGAGACGAUGGAGUGGGUUUCAGAGGGUGUUGGUGAGUUGGAGGAAUCCGACCGUCAGGAUAGUGCUCGUGUUGUGGAGCAGCCGAGCGAAGUAGGUGUUGCAGUUUCCGAAACACAAGUGGAGGUGGAGACGUUUGAGUUGGUGUCAGUGAAGGAGGCUGUGGUGGACGAGACCCCAGUGGAAUCGGAGACAGUCUCGGUCUUAGGUGUGACGGAGGAGAAGAGCGUGGUCUCAGCGACAGAAGACUUUGCCAUGGAGGUGGAGCAGGUGACUUUGACCGUGGAUGAGGUGUCACCUCGUAUGGAAUCCCUGACGUCCUCAGCUGAAGAACGUGUUGUCAGUGAGGCUGUUCCACUGGAGGAGACGGUCUAUGAUGUGUACGAAACGGAACAGGUUGAAGCUGUAACACGUCCUACCACUGACGCUGUCGCUUCUGGUGUUGUCUCCUCGACUACUCCUUCUCUGUCUGACGUUGUCAGUGUUGAAGAAGUUCCUUCUGAGGUAACGGAAGCCGGAGAGACAGUGACGGCGAAGACCGCCGAGGUCAUUGUUCAAGAAGGGAAGGAGUCUGUGUCACAGACCAUGGAGUGGGUUUCAGAGGGUGUUGGUGAUUUGGAGGAAUCCGACCGUCAGGAUAGUGCUCGUGUUGUGGAGCAGCCGAAUGAAGUGAGUGUGGCGGUUUCUGAAAAGCCCACUGAAGUGGCGACACCUGAGGUCUCAGUGAAGGAGGCUGUGGUUGAAAAGACCCCAGUGGAAUCGGAGACAGUCCCGGUCUCAAUUGUUAGCAAAGGAGUGGUAGAGGUGACGGACAUGAAGAGCACAGUUGGAGUGACAGAGGAAUCUGGUAGUGUGGCGGAGCAGGAGACGUUGGUUGUUGAGCAGGUGGCGGAAUCCAAGGAGACAGUGACUGUUAAGAUGGAGGAGCGGGUUGUACAGGAGGUGGAGAAGGAGUCCGUCCCAGAGACGAUGGAGUGGGUUUCAGAGGGUGUUGGUGAGUUGGAGGAAUCCGACCGUCAGGAUAGUGCUCGUGUUGUGGAGCAGCCGAGCGAAGUAGGUGUUGCAGUUUCCGAAACACAAGUGGAGGUGGAGACGUUUGAGUUGGUGUCAGUGAAGGAGGCUGUGGUGGACGAGACCCCAGUGGAAUCGGAGACAGUCUCGGUCUUAGGUGUGACGGAGGAGAAGAGCGUGGUCUCAGCGACAGAAGACUUUGCCAUGGAGGUGGAGCAGGUGACUUUGACCGUGGAUGAGGUGUCACCUCGUAUGGAAUCCCUGACGUCCUCAGCUGAAGAACGUGUUGUCAGUGAGGCUGUUCCACUGGAGGAGACGGUCUAUGAUGUGUACGAAACGGAACAGGUUGAAGCUGUAACACGUCCUACCACUGACGCUGUCGCUUCUGGUGUUGUCUCCUCGACUACUCCUUCUCUGUCUGACGUUGUCAGUGUUGAAGAAGUUCCUUCUGAGGCGAGUUACUGA